AUGGACAGAGCAGCGCUUGUGCGCUUGUGCGCACUGUGGGCAGCCAUGCUCUCGCUGCUCCCUUGCGGAACCGAGGGCAACUGGAUGUGGUUGGGCAUCGCCUCCUUCGGGGUACCGGAGAAGCUAGGCUGCACCGGCUUGCCACUGAACAGCCGCCAGAAGGAGCUGUGCAAGAGGAAACCGUACCUGCUGCCUAGCAUCCGCGAGGGCGCCCGGCUGGGCAUUCAGGAGUGCAGGAGCCAAUUCCGACACGAGAGGUGGAACUGUAUGGUCGCCACCGCCACAACUGCUCCGCUCGCCACAGGCCCCCUCUUUGGCUAUGAGCUGAGUAGCGGCACCAAGGAGACAGCAUUCAUCUAUGCCAUCAUGGCUGCAGGCCUGGUGCACUCUGUCACCAGGUCGUGCAGUGCAGGAAACAUGACAGAAUGUUCCUGUGACACCACCUUGCAAAACGGUGGCUCAGCCAGUGAAGGCUGGCACUGGGGAGGAUGCUCUGAUGAUGUACAAUACGGCAUGUGGUUCAGCAGAAAGUUUCUAGAUUUCCCCAUCAGAAACACCACAGCAAAAGAGAGCAAAGUGCUGCUGGCCAUGAAUCUACACAACAACGAAGCUGGACGGCAGGCUGUCGCCAAGUUAAUGUCUGUGGACUGCCGCUGCCAUGGAGUUUCCGGCUCCUGUGCUGUGAAAACCUGCUGGAAAACUAUGUCUUCUUUUGAAAAGAUUGGGCAUUUUUUAAAGGAUAAAUAUGAAAACAGCAUCCAGAUUUCAGACAAAACCAAGAGGAAAAUGCGCAGGAGAGAAAAAGAUCAAAGGCAGACACCCAUUCUCAAGGACGACCUGCUAUACGUUCAUAAGUCUCCCAACUACUGUGUGGAGAACAAGAAACUGGGCAUUCCUGGGACACAGGGCAGAGAGUGCAACCGUACUUCAGGAGGCGCCGAUGGCUGCAACCUCCUCUGCUGCGGCAGAGGCUACAACACCCACGUGGUCAGGCACGUGGAGAGGUGUGAGUGUAAGUUUAUCUGGUGCUGCUACGUCCGCUGCAGAAGGUGUGAAAGCAUGACCGAUGUUCACACUUGUAAGUAACCUCUCCAUCCUAGCCUGAGACUCAGGAGCAGGCAAGGGUGUUGGAAUCUUGAGAGCGCCCCCUACUGUGCACGGCUGUGGAAAUUGCUGCCUGUAAUUGUUUUCCCAGACCCCCGAGCCAACACGCAAUUUCUUCUUUCUGAUAGGUAUUCAACCACAAGGCGAUCAUGAGGAUUGCUUAGGAUUCUAAAGUUAAAAAGGAUGGCACUCUCCUUUGGAUGGUUUGGAGAAUAUACAUUGACACAUAGGGAACUUCAACAUGUUUCCAAAGUGAUACGAAGAAGGAA